AGUCGAAUGAGUCGACUCAAGCGAAAUCCUUUUGCCAGCAAGGAUCGAGGAGCGACCAUGGCACAACAAUCAAAGCCUCCAGCAAUCCCAAAGACGCUUCCAAUCCAUUGACACACCGACGGUACUAGAUAGUAAUUGCCAACAGUAUUAAGCGCCAUCACUGCAUCGGAUCCACCACAUUCUACCAAACAAAAAAGCUACUACACAGUUUCAAUUCCAUUCUCCUAUUACUGUACUAUUGAACAGCCAUCAUGCCCGCCACGGACAUUACCGGAGAAGCCAUGGCCAACUCGGCCAUUGCCAAUUGCGGAUGGAGUUUUGUCGUCCUCAUGUCCCGUCAAGGCAAAAUUCGAUUGAGUGAAUUCUUUCAAAGCUACACGGAAAGUGAAAAGAGACGCAUUCUCCGUGACAUUGGCGCUGAUAUUUUGCCAAGAGCUCCCAAAAUGUGCAAUAUCGUCGAAAAGGGAACCUACAAAUUCGUCUACAGACGAUAUGCCAGUCUCUACUUUGUCGUGGGUGUUCCGCUCGGAUUGAAUGAAUUGAUUGUACUCGAACAAAUUCAUCUUUUCGUCGAAGCACUCGAUGGAUACUUUAAUUCGGUCUGCGAAUUGGAUUUGGUCUUUUCCCUGCACAAAUCCCUCCUCAUUCUCUUUGAAAUGUUUAUUGGGGGCAUGCUUUGUGAAUCCAGUAAACGAGAAGUACUCAAAUCCAUUGUCGAAGCAGAAGAAUUAGUCGAAGAAAUGACAAAACCAGGUGAAGAUACCGCCAGUCAGCUCGAUGAUGGAUUGAGUUUCCAGGAACAAUUCCAAUUGGGAAGGACUCCGGGACGACGAACGGGACCCGCGGCCGGUCCGGGUGGACGUCGUUAAGAGUAUUGUAUGGUAUGCAACAAGAGAACGUAUGUGUGGAGGGAGCGAAUGGCAAUCUUAUAGUGACACUAGUGGCUCCGUGAUAUCAUCAGCGUUGCCGGUGAGAGGUAUUUGGUUGGAGCUACAGUCGCAGUAUUGCGCUCUAGCUAGUGCAGGAGCAAGGACAGCACUCCUAUGGACGACACUGUUCAUCCUCUAAUGAUAAGGUCUUUUAAGUCAGCUUCAACAGUGCCUCCCAUGUAGGUUUUUAUCUAUCGAGUC